AUGGCGAAAGCAAAGAAUUUCUUUGUCCGCGACUACGCCGGCCACAAGGGUGCAACCUUCUUGCUCGUUGCCUGCAUUCUUGCCUUCAUCUUCCUUGUGAUUGGCACCCCGCUCGGUGUGCUGCGGAAUAGAGUCGACCCGAGCAUCUGCUACACCCUCUGGGGCACACGCAAGUGCAGCAGCCCGGACUACGAUUACCGCAUCGCGUGGGACACCUGCUACGGGCGCCGUGUGCGCUUUGCGUUUGCGGAGGCCUUCACGAUCAUUGCGAUGUUCUUUCUCGUGCUGAAUGGCAUUGCGUGCUGGUACUGCCUUUCCGGCUGGAACGGCAAGUGGUGGACCUUUCUCCUCGCGCUCUUCACCUUCGCGACCAACUUUGUGCCGUGGACGGUCGUCGCCUCCGUCUACCACACCACCUACUGCGGCAGCGACACGUACACGAAGACGUACACGAAGUACGGCCCGGGCUUCGCGCUGCUGGUGACGAGUUUCUGCGUGCACUUCGUGGGGAUUGUCGGGCUGGUGCUGAUGGAGCCGUACGUCGCCGUCGUGGUGGAGGACAAGAAGAAGAAGAAGAAGAUGGACCACCACCACCAGGAGCCCGACGACGACGCCUCCGGCAACCGCGAGGAGUAG